GCCGGAUUAUGACGUCACGUGUGGUUGGCAGUGACAGAGUUGCUGACAUGGAGGGGAGAGACGGUUCAGAUCCAGGGGGAGCGAUGUCUGUCAGGGAUAUGCUGCGGGACGAAUGUUACACAGACUUUUUGCAUGAUGAUUUUGAUGUUAAAACAUACACCUCCCAGUCCAUUCAUCAGGCUGUGAUUGCAGAGCAGCUUGCAAAGCUUGCUCAAGGCAUCAGUCAGUUGGAUAAAGAAUUGCAUUUUCAGGUAGUUGCACGACAUGAAGACCUAUUGGCACAAGCAACUGGUAUGGAGUCUCUAGAAGGCGUUCUUCAGAUGAUGCAGGCUAGAAUUGGUGCUUUGCAAAGUGCAAUUGACAGAAUAAGAGCAAAGAUUGUAGAUCCUUAUAACAAAAUUGUGUCCCGCACUGCACAGCUGGCACGCCUUCAGUCUGCUUGUGAUUUGCUGCGGAGAAUUAUACGCAUCUUGUAUCUUAGUAAGAGGCUUCAGGGCCAGCUGCAGGGCGGCAGCAGGGAGAUAACUAAAGCUGCACAGAGUCUUAAUGAACUGGAUUACCUUUCUCAAGGCAUGGAUCUCUCAGGAAUAGAAGUUAUCGAGAAUGAUCUGCUGUUCAUUGGUAGAGCUCGUCUAGAAGUAGAAAACCAAGCCAAACGUUUACUGGAGCAAGGGGUGGAGACCCAGAAUCCAACACAAGUCGGAACAGCACUUCAAGUGUUCUACAACCUGGGAGCUCUAAAAGGUGUCAUUACCAGUGUAGUGGAUGGUUAUUGUUCAGCAUUAGAUGAGAAUAUCAACAAUGCUUUGGAUAUCAAAGUUCUAACACAGUCAUCACAAGCUGUCCAAAGAGGUGCUCCAGGUCGUGCAGCUAUGCCACAACCAGGAAACACAGCAGCAUUUCGAGCUGCACUUUGGACGAAUUUGGAGAAAUUAAUGGACCAAAUCUAUGCAGCCUGUGUCCAGGUGCAACAUCUUCAGAAAGUUUUGACGAAGAAGAGAGACCCUGUGUCCCAUGUUUGCUUUAUUGAUGAAAUCGCAAAGGAUGGACAAUCUGAUAUUCUGUACAUAUUUUGGAAUUCAGUUACGCAAACCCUUUCCUCACAGUUUGAAAGGGCUACAAAUUCUUCCACUUUCCUGAAACAGGCUUUUGAAGGGGAGUACCCUAAACUGCUAAGGCUAUACAACGAUCUGUGGAAACGUCUUCAGCAAUAUAGCCAAAAUCUACAGGGCUCAUUUGCGAGCAGUGGAAACUCUGAUCUUGUGCCUGAGUUGCAACAAAUUGAAGAUGACACACAAGACGGUUUCAUGCUGAAGAAACCAGAUCUCGAUCCAGAGAAAACACUGAAAGAUUCACUGCAGCCCUAUGAAGCAGCAUACCUGUCCAAAUCUUUGUCUCGUCUGUUUGAUCCCAUCAACCUUGUCUUUCCACCUGGGGGCCGCAAUCCCCCUUCUCCAGAUGAACUUGAUAGCAUCAUUAAAACUAUCGCAAGUGAACUGAAUGUGGCUGCUGUGGAUCCAAACCUUGGCAUUGCUGUCUCCAGAAAUGUGGCCAAGACCAUACAGCUUUAUGGUGUCAAGUCAGAACAACUUUUGUCCACUCAAGGAGAAGCAAGUCAGGUAAUAGGUCCUCUUACAGAAGGGCAAAGAAGAAAUGUGGCAGUAGUGAAUUCACUGUACAGGCUACACCAGUCAGUGCACAAGGUUAUUUUGGGUCAGAGUUUACUCCCAGCUGCUGCAGAACAGAAUAUAAAAGCUGCCAUGAAGGUAGUGGAUAAUCUUAUGGGUAAUGCUGUACAACCUUUGCUCAAUUCUGUAAACGACUCAGUGGAGGCCAUUAUUAUCACCAUGCAUCAAGAAGAUUUCUCAGGGAACUUGCUAAAUUCAGGAAAGCCAGAUAUUCCCUGCUCCUUGUACAUGAAGGAAUUGCAGGGAUUUAUUACAAGAGUAAUGAGUGACUAUUUCCGUCAUUUUGAAUGCUUUGAUUUUGUAUACGACAAUACUGAACAAAUUGCUCAAAGAGCAAUAGAGCUUUUCAUACGCAAUGCUAGCUUGCUGCGGGCACUGGGUGAAGGAGGGAAGAUGAGGCUGGCUGCUGACUUUGCCCAGAUGGAAUUAGCAGUGGCUCCCUUGUGCAGAAGAGUGGCUGAUCUGGGAAGAUCAUACAGGCUGUUAAGAUCAUUUAGACCAUUACUGUUUCAGACUAGUGAACAUAUUGCCAACAGCACAUCUGUAGGAGAUAUUAUCCCCUUCAGUGUCAUCCUUCAAUUCCUCUUCACAAGGGCUCCACCAGAACUAAAAUCACCAUAUCAGAGAGCUGAAUGGUCCGUAGCGCGUUACUCGCAAUGGUUGGAUGAUCACCCAUCUGAAAAAGACAGACUGAUUCUCAUUAGAGGGGCGCUGGAGGCUUAUGUGCAGAGUGUGAAAGCCAGAGAAGGCAAGGAAUUUGCUCCAGUUUAUCCAAUCAUGGUUCAGCUUCUUCAGAAAGCAACAUCCUCAUUGCCAUAGACGUCUCAUCAACAACA